GAAGGGGACGUUGGGAUGAGGGGCAGAAGGAUGCUCCUCUCCUCAUCCCUCCCUUUGCAGUGCACGCGGUGGUGGGAGCUGUGGCAGUUAUUUUAUUCCUAUGAAAUGCUUUGGAUUCAGCGUGUCCUGAAGCAAAAGGAAUCAAAACUCUGCUCAGGGUCUGGCGGUCGCUCACCAUUUGGAUCCAGGGCGUUGCAGAGUGCAGAGCAGAUCUGUGCCACGCGUUGUGCACAGCUGUGGGGUUUGCCUGGGCAUGGGUCAGUGUGCUCCUGGACUUAGCCUGGGCUGCUUACAAAGAGAGGGAAGUGAUAAAAACUGAGGAGAGCAAGAAAUAGACUCCUUCCUCGGGGAGAGAAAGGGCUCUGGUGGAGGGCUCUGCUUCUCAGAGGUGGGGAGGCAGCAGGAAAUGCAGCCAAGAUCCCAUUUUCUCUCUGAUUUGAGUUACUGACAUCAGGAAGAGGCUGGGCAGCUCUGAGGAGGGGCAGUGGGACAGCCCCACGGGGAUGGGGACACUGCUGUGCUCUGGGGCUCCAUCUGGUCCCCAUCCUAAAUCCCUUCCACGUCCCAGAGCCACUGGAGGCGUUUCCCUAAAGGGGAUGAGGAGAUGCUUCGGGACCUGGUUUUCCCCCUGCAUACAGUUGGUUGGAACUGGUGAUCUUUGAGGUCCCUCCCAGCCCGGGCCACUCAAUGAACUUCAGGCACAGAGCCUGACUCUUCCCUAUCCCCUCCGCAGCUGUGCUGCUCCUCGUCUCCCGAACUGAAUUCUGCUCUCAGACCCUUGGGUUGUGCCUGUGAGACCCAGCGCAGCCGGUCCUGGGCUCUGCAGCCUGCUUGCUUUGGGAGCACCAACUCGGCUGCUCCACGUUGGCGUUGCUCCUUACAGCCCCGGCACUGACGGGAACUGGUGCGCAGGGCUCAGCCCAGCAGAAGCUGUGGUUUUGCAGCUGCUCCCUCUAACCCACAGACAAAAGGUCCAUUGAGAGGAGGAUGCUCUUUGUGAGGUGCUUUUGUCUCGUGGGUUUUUUUUGUCUUAUUUUUAAAGGAUGUGAGCUCAGUUGCCAUCCCUCGUUAACGCCUCUGGGUCCUUAGAUGGGCCGAGCUUGAAGAUGCUGUUGCAUUUCCAUGGCCUUUAUUGUCUUCACCCUCAUGAAAAAAAUGAUCACCUUCCCCCUGGUUGGUCGGUGACCCUCAGUUACAUACCUGCUGUCCCCAGCUCAUUGGUACAAUCACCAUGAACAUGGUUGGGGUGGGCAUGGUGAAUUUGGCUGCAACCAGCAUGUGUGCAGAUGGGUUCCUUGGAUGCUGGAAGGACCCUCUGGAGUCCUGCUGGUCCCAGGCAGGGGAAGGAGGCGUUUCUUCCUUCCACCCUCCCAGCCCCAAAUGUCCAUUUCAUUUAUAGCAAAGAAGUUGUCAUAAUUACUUUGUUUAAUCCACGCUGAGUAGAAGAAAGCCAUGACCUGUGCUGGCAGGGAGUGAGCAAAAGGCCCAGACCCCAUCCAAUGGGGAGCAGAGUAGAACCCUAACCCGAAAGGGUAACCCUUAACCCUAAAUCCAAAUCCAAAAGGGUAACCCUUAACCCUAAAUCCAAAUCCAAAAGGGUAACCCUUAACCCUAAAUCCAAAUAACAGAAGGGUAACCCUUACCCCUUAACUCUCACUCAGAAGUGUAACUCUUCACCCUAACCCAGAAGGGUAACAAUUAACCAUUAAGCUUAACUCAAAUGUGUGGCCCCUAACCCAAAAUGGUAGCCCUUAACCUUCACCCACAAGGUGGUAACCUUUAGCCCUAACCCAAAAUCCCACGGGCCCCUUCUCGCUCUGCCCAAAUUCCCUUGUCGUGCCGCAGGAGGGCAAUCUGCCUUCCACCAAAACCCUCCUUCGAAAGCGUCCCGAGGAAGGAACUCCUGCAAAGUACGCGAGCUAUUUCUGAGACAAUCCUUGGGUGUUCUCCAAGACUGUAAUACCAGAAGAUGUUUGUCAGUGUGUGUCAUAAGGAAACCCCUCCUUCCCCUGUAACGGAGGUGGAGCACGGCACGGCGUGCGCUCAAGGCUCUGCUCCCCCAGCGCAGCUCUCCCCCUAAUUUAUGGCUUGUCUGGAGCUCUUCCACCUGAGGUUCAUCCAAGAAGCACAAGGGUCGUUUUUAAGGCCGAGCAGCUCCCUUUGACCCGCUCCGUUGCUUGGAGAUCUUGGUGACCAGCCAUGUAAACUGCUGUUGUUUCUGCUCCUCGUUGCCAGAAGAAGAGAAAAGACUGCGGGGCUGCUGCAUGCUGUCCGUGCAACCCAUCGAGAAAGGGGACAUGGAAACUGGGGGGAAAAUGAGGAUCCCCGUCCCGCUCCUCCCCUGUAAAUUAAGGCAUAAGGAGUUAAAUUACUGUUUCACUUCUAACUUUACUGGAGCGAUUAAUCCAUCUCCCUGCCUCUGCAGAGGGGUCAGGUGUCAUUUGGGGACGUUUUUUGGCACUGUGGUGUAUCCCCUCAGCUCUCCGGUUGCCCUCUCAGAGGUGGGGACCCCAAGGCUGCCAGCCCCCAGAGCCCUGGGCUGUUCCUAAGGCUCUGUAGGGGCAAGCCAAGCCCUUGGGCGAAGACUCAAGGGUCCCUCCAUCCUUCAUGUCCUCUCCUGAGGUCCGUCUUCUUGCUCCUCUGGGGCAGAGCAAUGUCCUGGGGAGGCUGCCCAACUCCUCCUGUGUGUGUGAGUGAUGCUGGGUAGGGGACAGAUGGGAAUGGUGAGGGUGAUGUGUAUGAUUGCGGGGUGACAGGGGCUGAAGUCUCCUCGGGAGGUCUCGGAGCAUGGCCAACUUUGUUGGAUGGAAUUGCCCAGGGCCCUGUCCAAACGAGUUAUUUCCAAGGGUGGAGAUCCCACCAGAACCCCGUGCCAGUGUUUGUCAUGGAGAAAAUGAUUUUUUUUCGUGUUAGGUUGAAAUUUUUCUGGCUGCAGCUUGUCCUUUCACUCUGCACUUCUGAGGAGAGCCUUGACCAUCUUCUGCAGAACCUCCCGUGAAGCAGCCGAACACAUCAGCAAGCUUGUCCCCAUCUCUUAGGAUCACAGAACAUCCCGAGUUGGAAGGGACCCUCAAGGAUCCUCGAGUCUAGCCGUUAAGUGACGGCCAUGGGGGACUGCAGGCCGCUGUGAGGGGCUGUAGGGCCAUGAGGAGCUGUAGGGCCAUGAGGAGCUGUAGGGCCAUGAGGAGGCCUCCUCUCAGCUUCCUCUGCUCUGGGCCAAACAAACCAAGAGACCCUUUGCCCUCCAGAUCCUUCCAGAUGAGCAUGAGCUGCUCCGCAGGGUCAGGACAGGCAGUGAGGCUGUAUUACUGAGUGAAUUUGCAGCCAGCGUCCCUCUCCCCACUAGGAUUAGGUCUGUCAUGACAUAGCUCUCCCACCAGCGGGACGUAAACAGAUAGAACCUGGGAACGUGGCCUGGAAACGCGGCUCAUCCCAGGCGGCCCCAAGCAUCUCCCGCUUCCUUCCCACCAGGAGGGCUGGGAUGUUCCUGCUGUGCUUCCUGCCCGGGGGCAGGUUGCAGCUGCAGGGUGGGAAUUUUAGGGAACAGAGGAGCUGGGAGCCAGCACCCUAACAUAGAAUCAUUGAACAAUUACAGCUGGAGAAGUCCUCUAAGAUCAUCUAGGUCUGACCAUUCACCUUCCACCACUAUUGCCCACUGACCACGUUCCCCAGUGCCACGUCUCCAUGGUUCCUGAACACCUCCAGGGACAGCGACCCAACCCCCCCACCUCCCUGGGCAGCCCGUGCCAGUGCAUUACUGCACUUCUUGAGAAGUUCUUGCUAAUAUCCAAGCCUGUAGGCUGAGCGGGAUGCUGCCAUCCCUCACCAUGGGUGAGAAGGACUUUGAGGACUACGUCUUUGGGCACCUAGCGCAGUAAAUCCAACCGUAACCCCUGGUGACACUCAGCCUAGGAAAUGGCUCUACCCAUGCACGCAACGCUCUCUGCUUCGGAAACUGCUGCUGGUUCCUGAGCCAAAUUCCUUCGGGCUCGUUUUUAUCAUCCCAUUUUUCCUGCUGGGGACAAUGGUGCUGCCGGCUGCUCUGCUCAGCCAUUUCCUCCUCUCUCCCAGACAGAAGCAGUUGACUGAGCCUAUCGCAAAGCCAGCGUCCUUGUUUCCCUUCCAGGCCGCCCAGCCGUGGGGAGGAGUCACUGUAUAUUGACAUGGUGCAAGAGCAGAUGUGCAUUCCCUCACCCGGACCGUAUUUUGGGGACCUGUGCAAGUGCUGCCCUGUCCCUGGGGCUUUCUGCAGCAUGAGCAGCCCGUGCUUUCCUAUGGUCGGGGCUGGCAUCAUGGCACCAUGUGGCCCUGGACAUGACGUGAGCCAGCUCCAGCUCUGGAGAGUUGCAAGUGCAAAUAAAUAGAGCUGAUGAAAAGGCAGCAGUGCUGCAGGAGGAGAGGGGAGAAGAGAGGCCAAGUGAUGUACUGGGGGUUGCCAACCAGCCCAGGGGAUAGGAGAGCCUCAUUUCGUAGCACAGCUUCUCUCUGCCCACACGUAGGUGUUUAGGUCCAGCUGUGAUGUUUGGGACAUCUGCCUUAGCCCCAAAUCCCACCAGGAUGAGGUGCUUCAACCUGGAAGCUCUGCUGCCCGCAGCCCCCAGCGCCAUCGCCCCUCUGAAGCCCACCCCUCUGCUGCUGCUCGCCCUGCGCGUUGCUUCCCUCCCCGAAUUCUGCGUCAGGAGCUGGACUCAAUGAUCCUUGUGGGUCCCGUCCAACUCAGGAUAUUCUGUGGUUCUGCAAUCAGUGGGGACGCAGUGGGUCAGCCUCCAAAAGACCAGCUCCCCAUCCCAAGGCCACGUUGAUGAUGGACAGGAAACGAAUGCUUUCCCUCAGAAAUUCUGCUCUCGGGCAGGGAUCUUUCAGCUUCCAGCUGCUUGAGUUAUCUUGCUGUGAGCGCUCGGUUCUGGGAAGGCUGCUGGCUCACGCAGUCCUCCCGCUGCCCCCGAGGCGAUGCGGCGCUGGGGAGGAGCAGCCUGUCCCUGAUGUAGCCACUUCUCCAAGGGCACCGGGCUGGCGUUCAAUAGGGCUUUGUUGAAUGCAGGCGAGGUGCUUGGCUUGGCUUAGAGGGAGGUGGGAGCUCUUAGGCCGCCAGCGAGCCAGGCAAAGCAUUUUUGUUGUGUUGGGAGCAGAGCGGGAGCACCUGGAUGUGAGCGAGGCUGAAGCAGGUGCCUGGAGGUAGGGGUGUGUGGGCCCCCCUUCCUGUGCCGGGCUUGCUGACCCAUCCAGAAGGUCUUUGCUGGAGAAGUCAGCCGUAGCAUUGACUCCUGGUUGAACAGGCCUACAUGUUUACACGGGAUGGACACGGCGUUGUGUUGAGCGUGGCACAUUCCACCACCGUGACCAAGGCAUGGAGAACUGCCCGGCGUCCUUGCGUAGACAUGAGGAGUUCCACCGGGCCGGCCGAGCUCCAGCACGCAUCCCCCGGUUAUAACUGAGUAGCCCUUAUGACCAACAUGAGCUGGAGCUUUCUCACCCGCCUGCUAGAAGAGAUCCACAACCACUCCACCUUCGUGGGGAAGGUCUGGCUCACCGUGCUCAUCGUCUUCCGCAUCGUCCUGACAGCGGUCGGUGGAGAAUCCAUCUACUCAGAUGAGCAAAGCAAGUUCACUUGCAACACCAAGCAGCCCGGCUGCGACAACGUCUGUUACGAUGCCUUCGCGCCGCUGUCACACGUUAGGUUUUGGGUCUUCCAGAUCAUCAUGAUAUCCACCCCGUCGGUCAUGUACCUGGGCUAUGCCAUCCACCGGAUCGCCCGGUCGGCGGAGGAGGAGAAGAAGUUCAAGGGGUUCAAGAAGAAGAAGCAGUUUGCUUUGAACUGGCAGGCGGUGCGCAACAUGGAGGACGCGAUGGAGGCGGACGAAGAGGAGCCCAUGAUCUCCGACGACACGGCAGAAAAUGAGAAAGCCAAAGCCAAGCCCAAGAGCAAAGAGCAGCAAAAGCACGAUGGGAGGAGGCGAAUCCAACAGGAAGGACUGAUGAAAAUCUACGUCUUCCAGCUGCUUACCAGAGCUUCGUUUGAAGUUUGUUUUUUGAUAGGGCAGUAUUUGCUCUACGGUUUUGAGGUAGAAGCUUAUUUUGUCUGCAACAGACUGCCUUGUCCUCACACGGUGGACUGCUUUGUGUCCCGGCCAACAGAGAAGACAAUCUUUCUGCUGGUGAUGUACGUGGUGAGCUGUCUGUGCUUGCUGCUGAACAUGUGUGAGAUGUUCCAUCUGGGCUUCGGGACCAUCCGAGAUGCCAUCCGCAACCGGAAAAUCAACAGCUUCAGGCAGCCCCCCUACAACUACGCCUACCCUAAGAACAUCUCCUGCCCUCCCGAGUACAACCUGGUGGUGAAAUCGGAGAAGUCCACCAAGAUCCCCAACAGCCUGAUGGCUCACGAGCAGAACUUGGCUAACGUCGCUCAGGAGCAGCAGUGCACCAGCCCGGAUGAGAACAUCCCAGCAGACUUGUCCACCCUCCACAAACACCUGCGAGUGGCCCAGGAGCAGCUGGACAUAGCAUUUCAGAGCUACGGCAGCAGCCAGGGCAACGCACAGCCCUCCCGGACCAGCAGCCCUGCCUCGGGCGGCACGGUGGUAGAGCAGAAUAGGGCCAACACCGCCCAGGAGAAGCAAAGCGCUAAGCCCAAGGCGUCCUUGGAGAAAGGCAGCUCCAGCAGUAAGGAUGGAAAGACGUCUGUGUGGAUAUAGCUUGUCUGGCAGCAAAGAGGGCAGCGUAAGUGGGGUUUUAUUUUCGGUUCUGUUUUUCGAUAUUGUCUUGAGUUUAUUUCACAGGGCACAGGCACAUUUUUUCUAUGGAAGUCAAUAGAGAAAAGGAAUUUCAGACCAAUUUAGUACUGUCUUCCGGUGCAUUAACAAAAGACAUUUCCUUCCUCUUUCCAACACGUUCUCCAGCUGAGAACCUCCAGUGAGAGACAGCGACUGCUGCAUCCCGCCGAGGCUGGACAGCCCGCAGUGAUGGAAGCAGAGAGCAACUCCCACACGCAGCGCUGCGGUCAGACAGCCUUUAAUUACUAAAUAUCCUUAAUCGAAAUUAAUUUCCGAUCCCUUGAUUAGAAAGGAAAAUGACUGAUAUGUCAAUGAACUUUCACGGCACGCUCCCAGCUAACGUCUCGCCAAAAUUUUUCAGUGCACAGCAGGCAGCACUGGAAGCGAAGGCAACAGAGGUGCGUGCAUAGCACGGCACCGAUGGUUUUCAUCUUUUAUUCUGCGCUGAAACAAAAAGCAAACACGGCCAAACACUCUGCAGUGUGAGUUGGCAGUGACGUUGCUGCUUGUACUGGUGCCUGCAGAUGUGAUGGGAAUCGCUGCAGUCACGGUGUUUUUAACAAACUGCUGCUUCACAUCAUCAGAAAGUGCCUUUUUGCAACCAGGAAAACAAAAUCGUAGAGGGUGUCGACCUCUUCACGUGCUAAAUUUGAGUAAAGAUGGGAAGAUCAGUGUUGGCAGAUUUGUUUUUCCGUUUAAUCAACCUUUUAUAAAUAGUGGCAGACAGCAGAUCUAUGCAUAGCGUGUAUACGAUGCGUGUGUGUGUACAUGUCAGUAUAUAUAUGGACACAUGAACGUGUGUGUGAAUAUAGAUACAUAGAUUUAUAUAUAUAAAUGUGAUAUCAACCCUCUGGUAAUUUUACAGACUUCCACUUCCCCUGGGAAAACUCGUCGGAUCCAGAAGGGGUGGCAGUGGGGAAUGGGCAGGUUUCCAUACACUUGAUAGGUUGCUCAGCAGAAGACCUGGCAUCAUGGGGCACAGGACCCAGGGCAGCAGCAAGAAGUUUUCCCCUGGUUUAUGGAGAGAUUUUGUUGGCUUUGCUUGGUUUUAAGGCGGUCUCCUUGCAGUUGCAGGAGCUCCAAGGCUCCUGUUGGUGCUGGGUGUGCUUUGGUGGGGUGGUUUCAUCCUGGAGCUGAGAUGUUCUUGGGAUGCUUGUGGCAGUUCACCACCAUGGAGGCAAAGUAGGCAGAGCCUUCCAGAUAAAACUUUACAAGGAAGAAGUAAAUCCUUAGAGAGCGCUGCAUCAUUCCUGUGCUGAGCUGCUCCCUCACAUGCCAGGCCAGCACACAAGCCCUCAUGCCUCAUGGUUUUUUUUAUGUAACUUCUUGAUGGGCUCUUUCUCAUGACCCUGAGGUCGGUCUCUGGAAGCCUUGAGGGUGCCUGUUAUUCCCCAGCUGGCACAAAGACCAUGCAAUGCCUCUGGAGAACAGUGCUGGUAGCAAAUAGUAGGUUUAGAAAGAUGCAACGAAACGUUCUAUGAGGUAUCCAGCUGCAAAUGUCCAGUAUGGCUUUGAGUAACAGUCUGAAGACAGUUCCAGGCUUGUUCCUGAUCCUGCUGAAGGCACUGUCUGGAGCGCUGCCUGCUCUUGCUGCUGGAGUUGUUCCCUUUGGAUGAGGACAACUGCAUCCCACAGGAGGCUCAAUGCAUCCUGCAGCAGCACUGGUCUGUAGCAGCACACACACAUUGUGUUCAGGGAUGCUUUGUAGUGUGAAUUUUCCAUGAAAGGCUCAGAAAGCUCACGGCAUGGUGGUAGGGCAAACAUAUCAGCCCGCGCUGCUCCUUGUCCUACGUAUGGGUACCCACCCGCUGGGGCUGUGCAGGGAGACUGGGAGCUGCUGGCAGUGCUAUCAUGAAGGUACAGACAGCCCAGGGCUUAUUCCCCUGAAGAUUUGGGGUGUUUGAAGACUGUCUUAUCUCCUUUAGCUCUGCUGUAAACCAAGCCUACUUUCAUCAGCCUGUCAUUUCCAUGCCACGGAUCCAGUGUGCCAAGAGGGAUGAUCAGGCAGUCCUGCAGCAGAUUUGCAGCCUCCUCCUGGCUGGUGUCACCGGCACAUUUAAUACGCACACACUGUUUUCCAUAGUGGGAGUCAAUAAUUGCAGUAUUGAUGAGUACUAGGGCCAGGGCAGACACUUGGGUGUUCGAUACUGGCUCCUCAUCAGGCAGGGUAACUGCUCACUCUGCUGUCCUCCCAGCCAGCCCUGCUCAUCUGUAGGGCUUGAAAACCUCCUUGCAUAAAAUCCUUUGGAAAUGAGGGCUGGUCUCACUUGCCCAUUUUUUUCCAAGCGUUUUGACAGGGACUGAAGCACAAGGGCACGCUGCUGGCAGGACUGCUCGAUGCCAGAAUCUUGUGGUGGGCUGCCAGGCUCCCACCGACUCCUCUUAUACCAAGAAGGAGCCACCCCUGUUCCUCCAGCUGCCAGUGUGAGUCAGACAGCCCUAAAAAUAUGGAGGAUUAUUAUUAUAAUUAGAUAUAUCGAAUUGCUCACUUCCCCCUUUCCUCCACUGCUUGCCCUCUGGAGCCCUUAGGAUGUCAUGUACUCCACUGAGUCACCACCACCACCAAGGCACCGACGUCUCCGCAGCAGAGACCCCUUCCAGGUCAGGAAGGGAAAUCCCAUCUUUACUGUGUCUGUUUGGGAAAGAAAAGGAUAGGAAGGCGAAAUAUGCAUAACCACAAGCAAAAGCCCCAGCACAAACCGAACCGGCAGCUUGAGGAAUUUCAAGCAGACGACGGGCAGCAUCGGCCACGGAAGAAAUGCCAGUAGUAUGAUUAAUGCUUUGCUUUCUUUUCUGCAGGAUAGUCAUUUAGUUCACGCUCCAGACGGGUUUAGCUCUGUAGCUGAACUAAUCGUAAAUGUUGAUUCUCUCACUAAGCUUUGCUGGAUAAAGUGCCCGCCCUUGAGUUUCUGUUCUUACCAUUCAGGGCCAGGAAUGUCCCACGUAAAAGCCAGAUUACCUUGUUGCUUGCAUUGCAUUCCACUGGAAAAUACUUGAACUUAACUCAAGGCCAUAACUAGUCUGUGCUGUUUCAAAGUUUCUGGGAUUUUUUUUUGUUGUUGUUCAUUUUUUAUGUACUAACUGUAUUUGUACUAGAAAAUUUUUGAGUAUGAGGUUGGAUCUCUCUAAGUAUUUCUGAGUGUAAAUGUUACAUCUGGACUGUAGUUAGGUUAAGCACUGGUCAAAAGAGAAAGAAACAUCAGCCCGACUCUUCAACCGGCUAUUCCACAUCCAUUACUAAUAAAAUGGAAUAAAACUUACAUUUUGUUACAGUA